AACAAGAAGUUUGUCGGACACCUCAACGUUCACGUCAUCUCUGCACGCAACCUGGUUCCCAUCGAGCCCAUGGUGAAGGUGGACAUCUUUGGAGCAGAGAGACCUUCGACCUACGUUAUCCUCAAAUAUGCCGGAAGCUUCAAGACAGAAGAAGGGAAUUCGUCACAUCACAAACAUUUCUCCAACGUCGUUAAGAAAGAUUUCAAUCCGCAGUACAACGAGAUGUUUCAGUUUGAGCUCUCGGAAGAGAAGUUUGACCUCCACAUCGAAAUCUUCCAGCAGAAUAAUUUCAGUGACGAUGAGCUUGUCGGCAAGGCAACCAUCGACCUCUCGCAGCUGCUGCAUGGCCAGAGCAUGGAGCUGGACGUCUACUUGGACCGGGAGGGAAGCGUCGUGGGGACAGUCAGGAUGCUCGUCUCCUUCAACUUCCUUCCUCUCCUCGCUGCUGCGGCUGCCAACACUCGCUCACUCCCUCCCAUUGACACCAGCCCUCCCUUCAGCCAGUUUCACCGCCAGGUUGAAGAUCUUUUUGGAAUCCCGAGGAAUGAGCGAUGAAACACGGGUGCUCUAGGGGAAGAGCGAGACCAGUAUUGACGGAAGGGAGGAGGAGGAGCAGGUGGGAACGACGAUGAUCCAACACAGAAAGAUCGCUGUUAACGAUUUCAUGUAAUCUAGCAGAACAAGACAACUUCACAAG